GUGUUGAUUCUGACAUGUAUUUGACAUGUACUAACAUAACCUGAAACAGUUCUAAAUUACGUUUAUACAAUUUAUUUACAUUUCCGUAGAUUCCAGUAGAUUCUAACAAAUAUUAAAAAUGAGGGUUGUUGCAUUAAUAAGUGGUGGCAAAGAUAGCACCUACAAUAUGAUGCAAUGCAUAGCAGCUGGACAUACAAUUGUAGCACUCGCUAAUUUGAGUCCAGCUAAGAAAACUGAAAUUGAUAGUUACAUGUACCAGAGUGUGGGAUUUGAGGCAAUCGAUUAUAUUGCAUCUGCCAUGGAAUUGCCAUUGUAUAAAAUUGAAACUAAAGGGGAGAGCAAGGAAAGGGGAAAGGUUUAUGUGCCUACUGAUGAAGAUGAGGUCGAGGAUUUGUAUAAACUUCUGAAACAAGUUAUGGAUGACAUUGAAAUUGAUGCUGUAUCAUGUGGAGCCAUUUUGAGUGAUUAUCAGAGAGUUCGAGUUGAGAAUGUAUGUUCUCGUUUGGGAUUGGUUUCUUUGGCGUAUUUGUGGCAACGAAAACAAGAAGAGCUUCUUGAAGAAAUGAUUAAAUGCGAAAUUGACGCAGUCCUGAUAAAGGUCGCAACGUUAGGAUUGGAUCCGCAAAGACAUUUACGCCGUUCUAUACGGCUUCUAGAACCACACCUGAAGGCAAUGCAUGACAAAUACGGCCUAAACGUAUGUGGCGAAGGUGGUGAAUAUGAAUCGCUAACACUCGAUUGUCCAUUAUAUACAAGCAGGAUUAUAAUUGAAGAGUCUGAAAUUGUAAUGGAUUCAAAGGAUGCCAUAGCGCCAGUUGGUUACCUGAAAUUGAACAAGCUCAAUUUGGAAAAGAAAUUGCCCCAAUUAGAUUUAACCGGUCGAUUAAGUGGAUUACAAAUAAAAGACAGUGACAGUUACGUCACAGAUCCAGGCGAAGAUGCAGUUGCAGAAACUGAGACUGCAGAAGAAUCAAUUUCGGAUGGCAACGGAAAGGAAACAUUUGAUAAUGAAGAAAUUAACCAAACUGAGAACACUUCUCGCAGUGGUGAUGGAUGGCUGUGGAUCGGUGGAAUCGCGGGAGUUUCGGAUAACAAUCCCGAAGAAGCUUUCACUAAAGCUAUGGAUAAAUUAAAGUGUUCAUUGGAAGCUAACAAUCAUAAUUUGGAGGACUUGUGUGGUAUAAGUAUGUACGUAGCUGAUAUGUCUCAAUACGCCGAAUUGAACAAAUUGUAUUGCGAGACUUUGAAUCAUGUAAAUCCUCCGACAAGAGCCUGUGUUCAAGUGCCUUUACCUAAACACUGCCCAGUUAUACUCGAAGCAAUUUCAUGGAAAAACCCUAAUGCGAGCGGAGAUAACAAGAUUGAAAAAAUGACAAUGCAUGUGCAGAGCAUAUCACAUUGGUGCCCUGCAAACAUUGGGCCGUACAGUCAAGCUGCAAAAAUAGGCGAUCUUAUUCAUUUGGCUGGUCAAAUCAGUAUGGUUCCUGGAAGUAUGUUGAUGGUUAGUGGUGGGAUUAAAGCCCAAUGUAAGUUGUCUUUGCGACACGUGGAACGUUUACUCAGAGGCAUUGAUCCUAAUUGUGACUUAAGAGAUGUAGUUCAGGGAAUAUGUUACCUAUCUGAUCAACGACAUGUAGAAGACGCUCGUAAACUUUGGGAGGAAAAGACCAAUAAUGCCAUUAUGGAUUACAUUGUAGUUUCUGGAUUGCCAAGAAAUGCGCUUGUGGAAUGGCACGUCUGGGGCCACACGCAUAACAAUCAAUUUGAAUAUGAGGAGACUGGACAGUGCAUUCAAGAUUGGUCAAUCUCGAUAUUUCGUCGUUGGAAUUACGAAAACAAUAUCGCGGCCAUCGUUUGCCAUGUGGACAACAUCGAAAGUAACACCAUGUUAACUGCCGCUAUCUUCCGGGAAACGCUCGACUACGUUUUGCAAAAAUUAAAUCAGGCCCACGAAUACGAUCCCAACUCGAUAUGCAACUUAAAGAUAUUCUAUCCAGUUACGAAAAAUGUUUGCACUUAUAGUUUCAUAAGUGUUUUAGAUGAAUAUCGUAAAACCAUCGCUUUGGUCCAUACAAUUGUGCCUGUCGUUGCUCUGAGCGGUAAAAAUAGCUUUCUGUCAAUCUGCGGUGUUCGUACGCAGUAAUUUUAUUUAAACCAUGUUCUGUUUUAUAUUUUCUAUCGUAACUGUUAUAGCACUGUUAAAUA